AUGGAUAUCUCUGAAACGGAAUAUAAUGACUCAGACCCUCCGGUUCAAGAGAAUGGAAAUGGUAAAGCUGUUGUAGAAGAUGAGGUGAAUGACGAGGAGUCGAAUAUGGAAACUGUCGAUCUUGGAUUAGAUGAUAAAACGUCUGAUGCUUCAAGUCAAAAUGUCUUCAAAAACAUUGACAAUGAACCCUCAGACGACCAGCAGAAUGUUGAGGAAUCUGAGAAUAUAACUCUAGAAAAGCCUGAAGAAAUAUCAGCUCCUCCAACCGUGGUAUCAACAUCUCAAGACGUGUCACCUCCACCAGCCAUUGAGUCACUUCCACCACUGCUGGAAGGAAAAGAACUUGAACUUGAGGAUGACGUCACAUCUUCGUUACCCCGUCUUCUCUCGAAAACAACAUUGAUACACUCAAAUGAAGAAGGCGCUGAUGAGACGAUUCAAAGGCUCAUCUCAUCUCUACAUUCCAAUUCUCCGAACAUGGAUCGAACCCAAAUUGUUGAUCAUCUUUUCAAUUUGCUUGUUGGUGGACAUUUUGACCAGGAGUCAAAGUUUGUGAUUGAACAUGUCGCAAAUGUGGAUCAUAUGCUAACACUUCUUUCUCAUUGUGAUUGUGACUUGCAGAACGAAAUUUGGAGUCUGUUUUUGGCAGUUAUGAAAAAGAGCAACCGAAAUUUGGAGGCAUGUACUCGAGUUGGGCUAAUUUCAAAGAAUUUUUUUUUAAAUCUAGUACUGGACUUACUUCCCGAAGCUCCUCCAUUGCUUGCUGAUCUUCUAGUUCAAAUAAUUGCUGCACUUGUCGCAUAUUCUAUUAAUGUAAAGCAAACGAAACAUCUUCUUAGAGCUCUUAGGUCUACCAAGGACCAGUGGCCACCAAAUUCCCUGAAGUUACUCCAUGUGUUGAAAGAAAUGCCACAACAUGACAGUGCUGAUGUUUUUUUCUCAUUUCCUGGAAAAGAUCAAUCGGGAAUCAUCCUGCCACCUAUCAAGACCAUGCCUUACCAGCAAGGGUGGACUUUUGCAACAUGGCUCAGAAUGGAACCGCUGAACAGUGUCACAUUUGAGAAAGAACAACCAGUGUUGUAUAGCUUCCGAACAUCAAAAGGAAUAGGAUAUUCGUGUCAUAUUUUUGGAAAUUGUCUUGUUGUGAACGUCGAAAAAGCAAAAGGCAAGGAGCAAUCGAGAUGUGUUAAAGCUGAACUUGGAGCCAGAAAGUGGCAUCAUAUUGCAAUUGCUCACUGUUACUCACGCUGGGGACGAAGUGAUAUCAAAUGCUUCAUUGAUGGACAACUUGCGGAAACAAUUGAAUUGUCAUGGGUUGUUACAUCUACUACCAGCUGGGAUCGUUGUUCUAUCGGAGUUUCUGCGGACGGGGCAGUCAAUACAGCUUUCUGUGGACAGAUGGGAGCUAUGUACUUAUUUGCCGAAUCACUUUCGCUCCAGCAAGCGAAUUCUCUAUUCUGUCUCGGACCAGCUUAUCAGUCUACAUUCAAGCAUGAUUCUGAAACCAGUCUUCCAGAAGGAUAUAAAAAACAUUUGUUUGAUGGUCAUCUCCAUUCGUCACUGGUAUUUGCCUAUUGUCCUAAAAACUGUCAUGGACAAUUAUGCCUCUUUACUCCACCAAAGACAGCGGCAAACACCUAUUUUGUUCAGAUCCCUCAUGCAGUUAUGAAAGAAGGAGUGGAAGUGAUCACUACUCAUUCUAUUCACAAGUCGCUUCAAUCUGUUGGUGGAAUUCAAAUUCUGCUUCCUCUGUUCGCGCAGAUUGAUUUACCAUCUUCUCAUGAUAAUACGAUAGACGGAGAUGUCUGUCAAACACUUCUGUCUCUGAUUUCCCUUCUGCUCUCCAGUUCACAAAGUUCACAACAACAGCUUUUCCAUAGCAAAGGAUUCCUGAUAAUUUCGUCUUGUCUUCAAGAAGCAUCACCAUCUCAUUUGUCGAUGAAAGUUCUCGAACAAAUCAUUCAUAUCGCCAAGUUCCUGCUCCGUUGUCCUGCUGGUGGCCCACUGCUCAAACAUCUCUUCGACUAUAUUCUCUUCAAUCCAAAAUUAUGGAUCAGAGCACGACCAGAAGUUCAAGUUCAUCUUUAUCAAUACUUGGCUACUGAUUUUCUGGCAAACAAUAACUUUUCUCAAAUGCUUCGAAGGGUUCCCACUGUUAUUGAAAUGUGUCACACUCUCAAACAUUUCUACUGGUUGGCACUCCCACAAACAGUUUCCGAUUAUACGGUCGAAGAAAGGCCUGAAAACUUUGCAACGGCUGAAAUUGUCUCUAUCAGAAGUGCAAUUCUCACUUUCAUCAACCGAAUUAUCAUUUCAUCUAACAGUCCCGACGAAGAAGAGAAAGCUCGAGAUCAAGAAAUUCAUACACUUCUAAACCUUUUGGCAACCGUCAGAGAAGAUGACAACCUGUACGAUGUUUUAGCUCUGGUCACCAGAUUGCUUGCUGAGCAUCCUGCUAUUAUGAUUCCAGCAAUCGAUAAAAACAAGGCACUUGGAAUCAUUUUUAAUCUUCUUGCUGCUCCAAACGAGUUGAUCCGUAUUCCAGCGUUGAAGAUUCUCGGAUUUUUCUUGUCAAGAUCUACACUAAAACGGAAAACUGAAUCGAUGGGAAGCCAAAACUUGUUUUCCUUGAUUGGUGAACGUCUUCUGUCUCAUAAACGAACGAUUUCUCUACCAACUUAUAACGUGCUUCUGGAAGUUCUUGUGGAGCAAAUGACGCCUACAUUUACCUAUGCUGCUCAUCAACCAGCUCAACCAGAUUGGAAGUUUGAGAAUCCACACCUUCUAAAAGUGAUUGCACAUGUCAUCAGUCAAUGCGAAGAAACAGAAAGUCUUGUUCAAAUCAAGAAAUGCUUCCUUAUUGAUAUUAUAAACCUCUGUCGAGAGAGCAAAGAAAAUAGAAGAACGAUUCUUCAGAUGUCCGUUUGGCAAGAUUGGUUGAUAGGUCUAGCCUAUGUUUUCCAUACAUCAGAAUCGCAAAACGAAGUGAGCGAACUUGUCUGGGAAGCAUUUUCUAUUUUACUUCAUCAUGCACUCCGGCACGAAUACGGUGGAUGGAGAGUUUGGGUUGAUACUCUAGCAAUUGCUCACUCAAAAGUAAGCUAUGAAAAGUUCAAGAGACGGUUAGCAGAAGCGAAAGCCAAGGCAGAGAAAGCAGAAACUGGAGAAGAAGCGAAAAUGGAGCCAACACCUGUGUACAGAGCACCCGAAUUCGCAUGGUCUGAAGUCCACAUUCGUCUUCUAGCUGAUCUCCUGUCAGGAAUCGAACGCACUGUAGAGGAGUGGAAAACGCAGGAAGGUGGAAUUUCUGACCAGUGUAAUGCUUCGGAGAAUCAAGUGUUUGUCGGAAACGUUGUUCACGUCAUCUCCCAGCUGGCAGACAGUCUCAUAAUGGCUUGCGGAGGACUUCUCCCACUACUAGCGAGUGCUACUGCUCCAAAUAACGACAUGGAAAUUGUGGAUCCAUGUCAACAACAACUACCAAUAUCUGUGGCUGCUAGCUUCCUGAUGAGAUUUGCGAAACUAGUGGACACUUUUGUUCUAGCUUCUGGAGUAUCGUUCUCCGAACUAGAACAAGAAAAGAAUAUGCCAGCUGGUGGAGUACUACGUCAAUCGCUUCGAAUUUCUGCAACUGUCACUGUUCGGCAUAUUCUUGCAUCAAGAAUUCAGCAGCCGGACACUCCACGAUAUGAAACGAAUUCUGCUAAAAAGAAUCAAUGCAUCAUGGAUUUCGUAAAAGAAGCUCUUGAAAAUUUUUCUCCGGAAGGCCUUGAAAAUGUUGAACGUUUGGUGCAAGACUCAGAUAUCACUCGCAUCAAAGGAGUCGUCUAUCGGGAUAUGGUUGAAGAGAAUCGACAAGCACAAUUCCUUGCACUUUCUGUUAUUUAUCUGGUGUCCGUUUUGAUGGUGUCUAGGUACAGAGAUAUUUUGGAACCACCAUCAUCUCCAUCCCCGUUCUUCGAUUCAACAACCACGAAACAAGAAAAUGCUGAGCGUGGUGAGAAAUUGUUUGAGUUUAGCCACAAUCCUCUAUUUCUAGAAUUGCCCGAGAGCUCAUCAGAAGCUGUUGCUAAUGGAAAAGUAGCAAACGAUGGAGAUCAUGCCAGUAUCAAGAACGGAUCAGAUCACAGUGAGAACGGUGCCGACGAAGAGACUGAAGAAAAAGGAGAACAAGGUCAAGGUGACAAUGGUGGAACCAUUGCUGCAAUUAAAGUAGCCAAUUCGGAUAUGAAAAACGAUGGGAAUGAAUAUAAUGAAGAGGAGUUGAAGAAGAUGCAUCAGUCUAAUGGACGCCGACCAUCCACCUUGAUGCCUCCUCAACAAACUGCUGAGAGAAGAGCUUACUUGACCACGAAACUUCAGACUGCUCUUGAAACAUGUGCGCCGCUCUUGAGAGAAAUGAUGUCAGAUUUCCGUGGUUAUCUGCAGAAGACACUGGUUGGCACACAUGGACAAGAAAUCAUGAAUGAUACAAAAGUUCUGGAAACUCUUAGAAACAGAAAUGCAUCUGUCAUCGAACUUGUUAUGUUACUGUGCUCACAAGAGUGGCAAACAUCUCUUCAAAAACAUGCUGGUCUUGCGUUCAUUGAACUUGUAAAUGAAGGUAGAUUGAUGGCCCACGCAACAAGAGAUCAUGUGCUUCGAGUUGCUAACGAAGCAGAUUUCAUUCUGAAUCGACUGAGGGCAGAAGACGUCAGCAAACACGCACAAUUUGAGGCUGAAUCACGAGAACAACUUAAUGCUCGCUAUGAAGAAUACAGCAGGUGCGAUCUUCUCAUUGUUUCUGGACGCCUUCGAGAUUCUCUUAAUGCCACACGUCUUCUUGACAAAAUGUCGGCUAUUCUUACUGAUGGCGAUGAUUCGAAAUCUGGAAGUCAGUUCUGGAAGCUAGACGUUUGGGAAGACGAUAGCAGGCGGCGUAAGCGAUUCGUGCCGAACCCGUAUGGUAGUCGUCACGAAGAAGCAAACCUUCCAGAAGGAGAGAAGAACGAAGAACCUGAGAUUUCUGAACAAGAAAGGAUUCGGAAAAUUCUCAAAGGACUUUUCUCUCAACGACACGCCACAACGACAAGCACUGGUGGCCAGGAACUAGUUGAUGAGUCAGAUAUCGAUAAAUGGGCACAGGAAGUUGACCCCACGCCUUCAAGUCAAAGUGCGUGCUUCUCCACUGCUGCCAAACUCAUCGUCCCUGGAGUCGUUGUUCCUGGAACGCUAUCUGUGACCGCUUCAGAUCUAUUCUUCGAUGCGAACGAAUCUGAUCCAAACUACAAGAAACAGUGUGCUCAGGUUCUCCGGUACUGUGAAGCAUUACAUGCAAGAUGGAAUCUCCAGGAAAUUCGAGCGAUUUUCCUCCGCCGUUACCUUCUUCAGAACACAGCUCUCGAAAUGUUUUUGGCAUCAAGAACUGCCAUAAUGUUUGCGUUUGAUUCGGAAGAUACCGUAAGAAAAGUGGUUUAUCAACUACCAAGAGUUGGCGUUGGAGUCAAAUAUGGCCUCCCUCAAUCUAGAAAAACAUCGCUCAUGACUCCGCGUCAAUUGUUCAAGCAUUCCGAUAUGUGUGCUAAAUGGCAGAAAAGAGAGAUUUCUAACUUUGACUAUCUGAUGUUCCUGAAUACAGUUGCUGGACGCACGUUUAACGAUCUGAGCCAAUAUCCGGUUUUCCCGUGGAUUUUAACAAAUUACACCUCGGAUACACUUGAUUUAAGUGUUGCUUCCAAUUUCAGAGAUUUGUCAAAGCCCAUCGGAGCAUUGAAUGAAGCACGACGCAAAUUUUUCACUGACAGAUACGCAAGCUGGGAUGAUGAUCUAGUUCCAGCCUUCCACUACGGAACUCAUUAUUCUACACCUGCGUUCACACUGAACUGGCUUCUCAGAUUGGAACCAUUCGCUUCGAUGUUUAUAAACCUUCACGAUGGAAAGUUUGACCAUCCAGAUCGUAUCACACAUUCAAUCAAAGACAGCUGGGACCGGUGUCAACGAGACUCUCACGAUGUGAAAGAGUUGAUUCCAGAACUGUUCUACCUUCCAGAAAUGUUCCGAAACUCGUCGAAAUUCAAUCUUGGAAGACGAGCUGACGGAACUCUCGUGGAUGAUGUUGUGUUACCUCCGUGGGCUGAAUCUCCUGAACACUUUGUACUCAUGCAUAGACAAGCUCUUGAAUCUGAUCUGGUAUCAUGCCAACUGAAUCAGUGGAUUGACUUGAUUUUCGGAUAUAAACAACGCGGCGCAGAAGCAGUUCGUGCUACUAAUGUCUUCUAUCACUUGACAUAUGAAGGAACAGUGACUCAAAAAAUGGCUGAAACACCCGGACAAGUAUCUGCAAUUGAGCAGCAGAUUCUUUCUUUUGGACAAACACCGUCCCAACUACUCGCAGAAGCUCAUCCACCAAGACAUUCUAUUAUGACAAUGGCACCAACAAUGUUCAGAAGACACGAUGAUGAUCUGUGCAUGAUGAUGAAAUACAUUUCAAAUAGUCCAGUUGUGUACCUUGCUGCCAACACUUUCCAUCAACUACCACAUCCUACCGUUGUUGGAGUUGCUCAAAAUCUAGUGUUUUCGUUGAAUAAGUGGGAUAACUCUUAUAGUUACGGAUCCACCCAAAGAAGCGCUCUCUCAAUGGAUCCAUCAAACGUUGAAGGGCAAGUAGCCCUUCCUCUGACGGCUGAUCCUCAAUUGGCCACAGCGGCUUCUACGACUCCAAUUGCACGUCGUCAUCUGGGUGAUGCAUUCGAUCAAAGACUUCAAGUACAAUGCUCGAAUUUCGUUACAACCACUGACAGUAAAUAUAUCUUCGCUUGUGGUUAUCCUGAUUAUAGUUUCCGAAUUGUAGACACCGACUCUGGUCGAGUUCGUCAAGCAGUUUACGGUCAUGGAGAUGUUGUGACCUGCAUCGCUCGAAGUGAAACGAGUUUGUUCAGUGACUGUUACGUUGUCACAGGAAGUAUGGAUUGUACAGUUGUUCUCUGGCAUUGGAAUGGAACGACUGGAUUCAUUGCUGGCGAAUAUAAUCAACCUGGAGAAGUACCGUCUCCUCGUUCCAUUCUAACCGGUCACGAAGCUUCAAUCUCUGCACUUUGCGUUUCUGCCGAGCACGGUUUAGUUGUCAGUGGUUGUGAAGAUGGUGUUAUACUCAUUCACACAACCGCAUCUGAUUUGCUCCGACGCAUCCGAGGACACGGAACUGUUACCCAAUUAUCGAUGAGUCGAGAAUGCAUUCUUCUUGUUCUGUUUGACUCAAAACGAAUGACAACGUAUUCAUCGACGGCUAGAAAACUGAAUGAAGUUUUAUCAGAGGAAAAAAUUGAAUGUGUAACAGUCACUCGCGAUGGAGAGUUUGCAGUGACGGGAGCAGUGAACGGACGGAUUACAAUUUGGAGAAUGUUCCCACUAAACAAGUUGUAUACAUAUCAACCACUCAAUAGUGCCGUUAGAUCUGUAGCAGUAGUAGCCUCUCAUCGAUUCAUUUUGGGUGGUUUAGACUCUGGAGCAAUCGUCGUUUUUAAUGCGGAUUUCAAUCGCUGGCAUUACGAAUACAAACAUCGUUACAUCCAGAACAGUUCGGCAACGAAGCCGGCUCAAGCGUCACCUCAAAAAUGA